AUGAAGGAAACUGCUACAGCUGCUACUCCAACCAGAACAUCUUUCCAGAAGCAGGGCUCGAGCGCUGUUCAAUCAACACAACGCUCCAUCCACAGCUUCUUCUCCAAAUCACCUGCAGUUGGCACUCCAACGCGAUCCAAUGGCUCAAAAAAACCAGCGUUUAGGAAUCCAGCCGUUAAAAAUACCACACCUAUCUGCAGUAGUGAUGCCAUAGAACCACCAAGUUCGCCCGGAACUCAUCUUGGAGAUAUUUCGGAGGAAGCUGAUGAAGAUGAUUUUGGGUCCACUGUUUCAACGGCCAAAGCCAUAAAGCAGUCUGAUUGCCUGGUACUUCCGAGCAGUCCAACACGAAAGGCCAAAAAAGCAGUCAAAUAUGCAGAGUCUGACUCUAGCUGCGAAGAAAGUACUCCAAAAUUAAUGGCCACCAGUGUAAAGAAGCGAAGAGUUUCAAGGCUGAAGAUUGCAGAGGAUAGCGAUGAUGACACUGAGUUUAUUGACAAUAGACAUCAGGUUUCCUCAGGAGAGGAUGAUGAGAAGGAAGACAAAUUCAUUGCUGAAGAUGAUUCAGAUGUCCCAAUAAGCGCAGUCAGGAAGCGAAAACGACCUCUUACCACAACAUCCCCUCGCAAACGAUCCAACAAGUCCAAGCUGUCUUCUUGUAGCGGUGAAACUCUUGACGAAGAAAUAGAUCUUCCAGAAGCAUCGACAGCGCAGAAGUGGAAAUACGACCCAAGUAGUGUUGACACUUUCAGCCACAAAAGUUCAAAUACUUCAAAAGAUCUCAACUCCAAGAAGAAACCUACGGAGAAGAAAGCCCACAAGACUGAGCCCGAAAAUAGAUAUCCGUGGCUAGCUCAGCUCCGUGACGCGGAUGAGAUCCCAAUAGGACAUCCUAACUAUGACCCGAGAACUUUAUUCAUUCCGCAGUAUGCCUGGAACAAGUUUACUGCGUUUGAACAUCAGUACUGGUCAAUCAAGCAAAAACUUUGGGAUACUGUCGUCUUCUUUAAGAAAGGAAAGUUUUAUGAACUGUACGAGAAUGAUGCUACGAUCGGUCACCAACUCUUCAAUCUCAAGCUCACUGAUCGAGUUAAUAUGCGUAUGGUUGGGGUACCGGAAGCAUCAUUAGACCACUGGGCAAAUCAAUUCGUCGCAAAGGGCUUUAAAAUCGCAAGAGUUGAUCAAUGUGAAUCUGCUCUCGCAAAGGAGAUGCGUGAAUCAGAAGGAGGGAAAAAAACUAGCAAGCCGACAGACAAAAUCAUCAAGCGUGAGUUGGCAUGUAUCCUCACUGGAGGAACUUUAGUGGAGGGAAGUAUGCUUCAAGAUGAUAUGGCAACGUACUGUGUUUCUAUUAAGGAAGGAGCUUCAGAUGAAGUCCCGGUAUUUGGCGUCGCAAUUGUUGAUACAGCCACUGGUCAAUUUAUGAUCUCAGAGUUUGACGAUGACGCUAGUUUGACGAAAUUUGAGACUUUUGUAGCCCAAAUUCGGCCCCAGGAACUCAUUCUAGAAAAAGGCUCUAUUUCUUCCAAGGCGAUACGGGUUCUGAAGAAUAAUACUAGCCCUACAACGAUCUGGAAUUAUUUGAAACCCUCCACUGAGUUCUGGACUGCUGACAACACACGUAGAGAGCUUGACUCCGGUCAGUACUUUAGAGAAGGAAACGGGGAUCCAGUUUGGCCUGAAAUACUUCAUGAGGCAAGACAUAAAGAUCUUUUAAUGUCUGCAGUUGGUGCUCUGAUUCAGUACUUACGCACACUAAAACUUGAACACAACCUGCUCACACAAAGAAACUUUGUUUUAUACGAUCCCAUCCAGAAAGGAACUACCCUCGUACUAGAUGGGCAGACACUCAUCAAUCUUGAGGUUUUUGUCAAUAAUUUUGACGGCACUCCAACAGGCACGCUAUUUGCUCUAAUCAAUAGAUGUAUCACCCCAUUCGGAAAACGUUUGCUUCGGCAGUGGGUAUGUCAUCCUUUGGCUGAUGUUCAUAAAAUAAAUGAACGCCUUGAUUCUGUCGACAUGAUCAACAAGGAUCGAACUUUAAGUAACCACUUUAACGAAUGUCUAUCUGGAUUACCUGAUCUAGAGAGGCUAAUAUCGCGUAUUCACGCCGGAUCAUGCCGACCAGAAGACUUUGUGAAGGUUUUAAAUGCAUUUAGUCAGAUUGAGUAUACUGCGAGUCUAUUGAGCUCCUACAAGGAGGGAACUGGCUGUAUAGCAGAGCUGCUUUCGUCACUACCGGAUAUGAGAGAGAAUCUAGAAUGGUGGAAAUCAGCUUUUGACUACUCUAAGGCCAAGGAUUGUAAAGUACUAGUACCAACGGCUGGGAUUGAAGAAGAAUUUGAUGCUAGCCAAAAGUGUGUCGCUGAUAUUGAGAAAGAAAUGGCGGCUUUACUGGUUAAGAAACGGAAAGAGCUUGGCGAUUCUUCACAAAUUUCAUACAAAAAUAUCGGUAAAGAGAUUUACCAGCUAGAAAUCCCGGCAUCAAUAAAGGUUCCCAAGGAUUGGCAAAUGAUGUCGUCUGCUGGAAAGUUCAAGCGAUACUAUUUCAGUGAGCUGAAACAGCUUAUUAGAAAGCUUCAGGAAGCACAGGAGACUCAUAACCAAAUUACCCAGCAGGUUGCUCGGAAAUUUUAUGCCCGUUUCGAUGACGACUAUGAUAUGUGGCAAAAGGUGAUUAAAGUCGUUGCACGGCUUGAUUGCCUGAUAAGUCUUGCCGCUGCUUCGGCUGCCUUGGGCGAGCCGAGCUGUCGACCGCAAUUCGUUGAGGCAGAGCGUAGCACCGUAAAGUUUGAAGAGCUGCGACAUCCAUGCUUACUAUCACACGUGUCUGACUAUAUUCCUAAUGAUAUUAGGUUGGGAGGAGAAUCAGCAAAUAUUACGCUACUGACGGGUGCGAAUGCUGCUGGAAAAUCAACAGUCCUUCGAAUGACCUGUAUAGCUGUUAUAAUGGCUCAAAUUGGCUGUUAUGUUCCCGCCAUAUCAGCCCAACUAACACCCGUCGACCGCAUCAUGUCUCGCCUCGGAGCGAAUGACAAUAUUUUCGCUGCCCAAUCAACGUUCUUCGUUGAGCUGAUGGAAACCAAAAAAAUUCUGGCCGAAGCGACACCGCGCUCCUUAGUUAUUCUUGAUGAACUUGGACGAGGAACCUCCUCGUAUGAUGGAGUUGCAGUAGCCCAUAGCGUCCUGCACCACAUUGCUUCACAUAUUGGCUGUGUUGGGUUCUUCGCUACCCACUACCACAGUCUUGCUAGCGAAUUUGCUGCACACCCGGAGAUAGCACCCAUGCGUAUGCAGAUUCACGUAGACGAGGCGCAGCGUCGCAUCACAUUUUUGUACAAACUCGAGGCUGGUGUGGCUCACGGCAGCUUUGGAAUGCACUGUGCCGCUAUGUGUGGAAUUCCCAGCAAGGUUAUUGAUAGAGCCGAAGAAGCAGCACGAAAGUGGGAACAUACUGGUCGGCACAAGGCCCCGUCAGAGGCGGCUCAUGCAGCACAUAGCGUCCUGCCACUGGGUCUGCAGAGUGAUGUUUCCUGGGCACUCAAGGAGACAUGUGAGGCAGGGGUAAUCAGUGAAAGAGGCUUGCGUGUAUUAUUAAAAGCAAUUGAAGCUCUCUAG